GGUCAGUUGACGCAAGAUCUGUUAAUUCACCGCAAGUUAACAAGUUUCUCCAAGUUUAUCAUUGUUCUGGUGAUCGAGGCAGCACCAAGGUGAGGUGCAGUAAUCUUGCAGUCUCGGCGUUCAGAGUAUACUUCAUUCGUUCGACAAUGGCUCCUUGGGGAUACAGCAAAGACGACGGUCCAGCAAACUGGUAUAAGGAGUGCCCGAUUGCCAGCACAGGCGAGCGACAAUCGCCUGUCGAUUUAAAAGCCAGUGAAGCCAAGCACGACUCGAAACUUAAGCCAGUGGUCGUUUCGUACCCUGCAUUUACCGACGCUAAGCUUUUAAACAACGGUCAUUCGGUGCAGUUCCAACCGGGCGCCGGCCAUCAGUCAGAGGUGUGUGGAGGGCCAUUGGCCACAAAAUAUAAGUUUGAGCAAUUUCACUUUCACUGGGGUGGAAAUGACUCUGAGGGCUCUGAACACAGGGUGAAUGGCAAAAUGUACCCAGCUGAGUUACAUUUAGUUCACUGGAAUUGUGAGUCAGCCAAUUAUAGCACUUUCAAAGAUGCAGUUGGCUCUGGUGACCCAAAUGGUUUAUGCGUAUUGGGAUUUUUCUUAAAGGUUGGAAAAGAAAAUACAGGCCUAAAACCAAUAACGGACUUGUUUCCUAAAGUGAAAGCUGGGGGUAGCUCUGUUCCAAUCCCUGACAAGUAUGACAUGAGAGCUGCUUUGCCUCAAGCUUUGACAGAUUAUUAUACUUAUGACGGUUCACUGACCACUCCUCCUCUGGCAGAAUGCGUCAAGUGGAUUGUAUUUAAGGAACCUAUUGAAGUGUCUGCAGCUCAGAUGGCAGCCUUCAGGGCCCUUGAUGAUGCAAGUGGAAAGCCAAUGGUUGGAAACUAUCGUCCACCAUGUCCUCUUCAUCAUCGCACAGUUGCAACUUCCUUUAAUUGAAUGAAAAUGACUCAAACUGACUUCAUAAUCUACAGCUUUGCAUUGUGUGUGUGUGUGUGUGGGCCAUUUCCAUGGGACCAAAUAUUUUUCUUAGCAAACAAAUUUAGCAAAUGUACAGUUUUUAAAUAACUUUUACAGGCCGAAUUAGUGAGAAGCUGAUACUUAAUUAGGUAAUGUGAAUAACAAAUGAAGUAUUUAUUUAGGGUUAAUUGUGAGACGACUGUCAGCGUCUGAUGUUGUUUAGGCUUUGUGUAAGAUAUUGAUAAAAAUUUAGAGCAUUAAAUGCUUUUUUGUGUCUUUGGCCAAGAAUCGAGUAACUGUUUUGCUUUGGGGUGAUUAAGUUGCAAAAACAAUAAGAGUGAUUUGUUUUAAUUAUGUUAAUUAGUUUGACUGACUUCAGUAAUGACUUGCUUAGAGGUGAUUAAAUUGCAAAACCAUUAAAGGUG